GGCCUGUGAUCAUUACAGAAAAUACAAAAGCUUAUGAUCAAUACUGCAAAUGGAUCAUAAGUGUUAUGUGAUGAUUCAACAAGCCUAGAGUUGAAAGAAAUGAUAAAGCAGCUAUGCCUGUUCAGGUCAUUGAUGGCGCACCCGAAACUCUACUACCAAGCCACCUGCAGAAAGUGGAUUUAAAAUACCUACAAUGGGGUUGUGAUCAGGCCAACAAAUACUUUCAGGGAACAGUUAUUCUCUCCUACCCUUUAACUAAACUUGUAAAUGGAACAGAAUUUUUCAAGAUUGUACUUCAAGAGUCAGAGAAUUCAUGUUCAAAGACCAGCACCAUCAAUGUUUUAUUCUUUGGAAGGUUGGCAGACGAUUGUGGGAAAGUUGUACAUCAAGGGGACACCAUGGUUGUAGCUGGAUUUAAUGUGGCUAAGUCACCUUCUGCAAAUGAAGAUGACCGACACUGCUGUCAUCUGGAAGUAUCUGAAGAUGCAGGAUCAGCCGUUUAUAUUUAUACUAAGCCAAGUACAGUCACUGCUUCAGAAACAGCAUCCAUGCCUGUUGCACCAAAAUACACAUACACUCCUCUGAAUCAUCUUAAAGGCGGAACUAUAGUCAACUUGUAUGGUGCUGUGAAAUUCUUCAAGCCCCCAUAUAUAAGCAAAGGAACGGAUUAUUGUUCGGUUGUAACAAUUGUGGACCAAUCAAAUGUGAAAUUAACAUGCACGCUUUUUAAUGGAAAUCUAGAUGCCCUUCCAAAAAUCUACAAAAUUGGAGAUAUUGUUCGAUUUCAUAGAAUAAAGAUCAGGGAAUACAAUAAACAGAUGCAGGGGAUUACUGGUAUUGGCUUUGCAUCGUUGACAUUUGAUGGAACCGUAGGAGCACCGAUAGUGCCUCGAACCUCUAGUAAAUCGUACUCUUUCACAGAAGAAGAACAGAAAACAAUAGAAGAACUACGUACGUGGGCAGCUAGUAAUCUUUCAGUCUGUGGGCCAACAGCAAAAUUGUCUGGUGUCCAGCCAAUGCUGUUUUUUGACCUUACUUGCCAACUUGUAGGGAAAGCAGAAGUGGAUGGAUCUUCCUUUCUUCUCAAGGUAUGGGAUGGUACAAAAUGUCCCCACCCAUCUUGGAAGGUUCUUGUGGAAGAAAGUGACCUUGAAGGAGAUAAAGUUCUCAUCCAUCGGCUGAGAAAUCUGAUUGUAGACAUUCUAGUUUACGAUAACCAUGUGAAACUGGCAAAAUCACUGAAGGUUGGAAGCUUUCUGAGAAUUUACAGUCUGCAUACAAAACAAGCCAGUGCUGAGAACCAGCCUGAUGUUUCCUAUGUAGAAUUUCAUCUUCAUGGUGGCACCUGUUAUGGUCGAGGAAUUAGGGUCUUGCCAGAAAAUAAUCCAGAUGUCAAAGAACUAAAAGCAUUCAUGGAUUCUGUGAAUCUCACAGAGUCUCAAAAUGUGGAGAGCAUGUCUUCAAUGGAAUUGGAUGGCAUUUUUGGCAAUCUAUCAUACCAGUCAUAUUCACAGAGAUGCCAGCAGUUAUCUGUUACAGUAUUAACAGAUCAUCAGCAUUUAGAUGACACAGCACUGAAUACUAUCUUGAACAGCUCAGUUCCUCAACAAUAUCGCAUUAGAGCAAAACUCAGAACUUUUAAACCCCAGAAGCUCUAUCAGUCCGUUAAACUUUAUUGUUCAAAAUGCAACUCACUGCAAGAAGUUCCAGAUGGAGAUGAUUUUGACUUAAUAUUAAGAGACUGUGCAGCUUCAGCUCCAAAUCCAGAAGUACAUAAUUCAUUGUGGUAUGAUUCUGAAGUGUGGGAUACAGAAAAUCAGGGGCAAAGAAAAAUAGCUGUUCAUUUUGUAAAACAUGAUGAGCUGCUUCAAGAGCCAGAAGAUACUUUGAUUAUGGUACAAGGGGGGACGCUAAAAGAAAUCAGAAAACUUUCAAGAAGAUUUAAAUGUAUUAUACCUGUGAGAUCAACGAAAGAAGAUCUUGAGUUACUAGACCUUUCAGCUCCCUUCCUUUUGCAAGGGAAAAUAUGGCAUUAUGGGUGCAAACAGUGUUCGAAUCAGAAGACUAUCCAGAGUCUCAGUUCCCUUGCAGAAGAAGAACCAUCGUGGGAGCCAACUGAAAUAGCACGAGUUUUAGGUAUUGAGCCACUCCAGUAUGUCUUUGUUAUGAAGUUUACACUUGAUGAUGGCACAGGAGCACUGGAUGCAUACCUCUUUGACUAUGAAAAGUUUUUCCAGAUUCCUGCCUCCGAAGUCCUUACCAGUAGUCUUCUUCAGGAGAAGAUGGAAAUGAUCAUGAAUAUACUUUGUCCUCCAGGAACAAAACUAGAUGACUUGCCAUGGUUGGAAUGCUUCAUCAGGUCUUAUAAUGUCAAAGAUGGAAUGGAACAGCAAGUUUGCUAUCAAAUUUUUGACACUAUGGUUGCUGAAGACGUUAUCUAG